AUGGAGCAAAGUCUUAGCUUACCAUUAAAAGAGCUUUUAGAUCGGUUUCGCGCGUUCCGCGUUGACAUCAAUACGUGUGGUGUAUUUCGCGCAAAUCGGUUCCCUAGCUCCAAACGUGCCAAAAGUAGCGGUGUGUAUUUAGAGUCGCAUACUGAUGAUAACCUCAUCUUACGUGUCGCUGAUGUCCCUGCUCCGAAGCUCACGGCAAAUGUUCACAGCAUCAAUGGUGAACGUCUAACCCCCUUGCAGAUAGUACCUCGAGAAUAUGAAGGCGGUUUCACUAUCUGGGAAAGCACAUGGUCACUAGUGACAUUUUUGCAGACCGAGUUGAAGCCUUGUGAAGGCGAGUUGGCAAUAGAUUUAGGUUGCGGUAAUGGACUAUGUGGUAUUAUUGCUCUGCAGAAGGGAUAUGAUGUACUGUUUCAAGAUUUAAAUUGGGAUGUUCUGGAGGAGACUGUGGUUCCCAAUUGUUUACUUAAUACGGCAUUUAAACAAUUGCGUCUCUGUAAAGCAAAAUUGAUACAUAAGGAACGAGCUGCAUUGACAGAUAACACAUCUCAACCUGAUGAAAAACAAGAGAACAAGACUGCAGAGACCGAAAGCGCCUUAGAGAAACCCAAGGAGGCAUCAGCUGAGAGUAAGAAGGAGGAGGAAAAACCUGAAAUGGAUGUGUGUAAUGUAACGUUGGAAGUUACUGAAGGUGACGAUUACAGAUAUGCUAGUUUCUUAAAUGCAGUUGUUGGAGAUCGCAAAAUAGUACAGCAAUUAAAGGACAAAGAUUCCGAACCUGGAUUGUCAAAGGGGACCCCUAUAUACCGAAACUACGGAUUGGUAUCUUGUUUCUGGGAACACAUGUCAGAUCUCAGCAAAGCUGUUAUGUCUGCAAGAUACAGAUCGUGUUCGUUAAUAGUGGCGAGUGAAUGCCUUUAUAGGAAAGAGUGUUAUGGUGCCAUCACAUCGAUUCUGCGUACGUACCUAAAACCAUCUACGGGAGUGGCAUACAUCGGUACCAAGGCUAUGUACUUCGGCAUGGACAGUGGAACAUAUGAUUUCACGCUAUUCCUAAAUGAAGAAAAGGAUAUAUUACCACGACUGACUGUGUCAGUACGCAAGACACAUCGGCUCCCCGAUAGUGCCACCGUACUCGAUAUCCUAGAGAUACGUAGUGAAUUGCAGAGCGUUGAAUGA